UAAGAGUUGGUGAGUUGAAUGGUGCUGCCUCGAAACUUCUCGUCCAAGUUCCCUGGCGUAUAAACCAAAACCCUAAACCCAAACUCCAAUUUUCCUUUUUCAUUUUCUCGAGAAAAUUCUCAAAUGGCCUCUGGACUCGCCCUUAGAUUCAGAUCUCAUCUGCUCCGUAGCGCCUCGCUCUUACAUUCCUCUCUCCGCCAACCUCCGAUCAGACCCUCGCCGCCGGUAUUUUCUUCCUUCUCCAACGCCCGUUCCGUUGACCGCAAUUCAUCUUCCUUUUUCGAUUUCUCCGGCCACCGGUUCCUAUCCACGGCGCGGCGCCAGCCGCCGCGGUCGAAGAAGACGGUGGACAUCGGCACGCGAGCCCGGCAGCUUCAGAAUCGUCGGCUGUGGACCUACGCCCUAACAUUCAGCUGCGUCGCGGGGUUCAUCGUGAUCGUGCUGAGCACCAUUGAGAACAAUUUGGUGUUCUACUUGACACCAACCGAUGUGCUCGAAAAAUACUCCAACAACCCGACGAAGAGCAGGUUCCGGUUGGGCGGUUUGGUCCUCGAAGGCAGCGUGGUACACCCGGCUUCGUCUCCCGAAGUUGAAUUCGUGGUCACUGAUUUGAUCACCGAUAUCGUGGUUCGGUACGAGGGGUCGUUGCCUGAUUUGUUCAGGGAGGGGCAUUCCGUGGUGGUUGAAGGGUUCGUGAAGCCGAUCACGGAGGAGAUCAAGAAAGAAGUUUCGGGGAAGAGUGUUUCAGGGAAGGCUAAGAGUGGAGAGUGUUAUUUUUCGGCCGCGGAGGUUCUUGCUAAGCACGACGAGAAGUAUAUGCCCCAAGAAGUUGCCGCGGCCAUUGAGAAGAACAAGAAGCUUCUUAAGGCUGCGGCUGCCGCGGAGGAGGGACCCAAGACCUCCUAGAUGGAUGGUAAUCCUCAAUUUUGAAUUUUUAUUUUUUUGGGGCUUUUUUUACAAUGUUAUGAUUUUUGAAGGGAUAUGGAUAAUUUAAGACUAGGCUCCGAUUUUUUCUGAUAAUAAUUAGGAUGUACACGUUGGUAAAGAAGGCAGGAAGGAUAAUGGAGAGAUAGAAAUUUUUAUUGUUUAUGAGGCAACUAUGUCUUGUUGUUGUAAUGCAUUAUUGUGCGAUGAUAUUUCUUAAUAAAUGUUUACAGGGUUU